UAGUGAGCCCCAGCCAUCCGGCCGCUGUCCUGUGCCGCUUCCUAGCCGCUCGUACAGCCCUGAGAGCGGUCAUUCCUACGGCGCUGAUCAUGCUCUGCGGCUGCGCGGCUCCGGAAGUGAGCCUCGUUGCUCCUCCGCUUCUCCGCUCGUGACUGCCGGCUGUAAACGCUCCGCCUCCUCCUCUGUCGGCCGAGAGAGCAGCUCAUGGAGGCCCCGGCGGAGGAGAGACAACCGCAGCCGAUGGCCGACUCGUCCCCGCUGCCCACUCUCACGCCAGCCGUGCCCCCUUACGUGACCUUGGGUCUGACGGUGGUCUACAGCGCCUUCUACUCGCUGCUCUUCAUCUUCAUCUACGUCCAGCUCUGGUUGGUGCUGCGGUAUCGGCACAAGCGCUUCAGCUAUCAGACCGUGUUCCUGUUCCUGUGCCUGCUGUGGUCGGCCCUAAGAACGGUGCUCUUCUCCUUCUACUUCAAGAACUUUGUCACAGCCAACACUUUGGGGCCUUUUCCCUUCUGGCUGCUCUACUGCUUCCCCGUGUGCCUGCAGUUCUUCACACUCAGCCUCAUGAACCUCUACUUUGCACAGGUUGUGUUCAAGGCCAAGUCCAAAUAUGCACCUGAGCUCCUGAGGUACCGGCUGCCACUGUAUCUGCUCUUCCUGUCCAUGAGCCUGCUCUUUUUAGCCGUCAACCUGGUGUGCGCCAUGCUGGUGAGGACGUCCUCUGCGGACACCCGCACAGUGGUGCUGGUGAGGGUGGCCAUCAACGACACCCUCUUCGUCCUGUGCGCCGUGUCGCUCUCGCUGUGUCUCUACAAGAUUGCCAAAAUGUCCCUGGCCAACAUUUAUCUGGAAUCCAAGGGGACCUCAGUGUGCCAGGUGACCGCUGUAGGGGCCAUAGUCAUCCUCCUGUACACAUCCAGGGCCUGCUACAAUCUGGUCGUCCUGGGACUCUCGAACAAGAGCAUCAACUCCUUUGACUACGACUGGUACAACGUUUCUGACCAGGCAGAUUUACAGUCCACUCUGGGCGACACCGGCUACGUCGUCUUCGGGGUGAUCUUGUUCGUGUGGGAGCUGCUCCCCACUUCUCUGGUGGUAUUCUUCUUCAGAGUGCGCCAGCCCGACCUGGACAGGAGUGGCUCGGUGCUUCCCGGCCACGUCUUCUCCUCCAGGGCUUAUUUCUUCGACAACCCUCGACGUUACGACAGCGACGAUGACCUGGCGUGGAGCGUCAUGCCUCAGAACAUCCAAGCCAGUUUGGUUGCCGACAGUUACGAGUGGGGAAGCCAGAGCAGCAGCAUCAGCGCUUACAUCGCAGGGGAUGACGUUUACCACCUCCCACUUCCCCCCGAGGAGCUCAGCCAUUACUGAUUAGAGGUCACUGGACUCUCGUUUUCUUGACCCCUGAUGUUUUUGCACUGUUGUUAUUCUAAUGAAGCACACUGGACUGGACACAUUGGGAUGAGUUCCAGGCAAGAACUAACACAAAUGCCAGUAUAUAAAGAACCACUGAUUUGCACACUACAUGUACAGAUGCGGGCCCAAUAUGACUGCUCUAAAAGUUUUCUUUUUUUAUGUGAUUAAUAUAUUUCCUGAACUGUUGCAUUGUGCACUGUAUUCCUAUUUCAUGUACGCGUGUUUCUUUUCUUACAGAUUAGUCGUUUAAUCCAUUAAAACACUUUUUACGACGUG